AUGGUCAAGAAACGAGUCUUGGUUGGGUAUGGUGUCGACGUCGAUGCAGUAUCAGGAUGGAUCAACACCAAAGACGGCACUCCCCAAAACGGCACCAACGUAUCUCGAGGCAUCUUCGGAGCAACAGUAGGUCUCGAAAGACUACUCAAACUAUUCAACAAACACAACAUCAAAGCCACUUUCUUCACACCCGCCCACACCAUCGAAUCAUUCCCGAAGCAACUCGCAAAAGUCAAGGAUGCAGGACACGAGAUAGGUCUUCACGGUUAUACUCAUGAGCACAUCUCCGGUCUUACUGCAACUCAGCAGCGCGAUGUGCUCGCCAAAUCCAUCGAUGUGUUGACCUCUUUCACCGGCCUCAAACCGAAGGGCCACACAGCACCAGCAUGGGACACGAGUAAAGAGCUUAUCCCUCUACUUGAAGAAUUCGGCAUUAUCUACGAUCAUAGUUUCAUGCAUCAUGAUUUGCAACCAUAUUUCGCUCCUGACGGCAGGCACAGUUGGGUAGAGACUGAUGUCAAGAAAGAGGCGAGUAGUUGGAUGAAGCCGAUGACCAAGAUCAAACCGAGUGAAAUUGUGGAGAUUCCGGCGAAUUGGCAUGUGGAUGAUUGGCCGCCUUUGCAACCUAUGCCGGGAAGAGCUGGUACACACGGAUUUAUCAGUACACAUGAGCUUGAGAAACUGUGGCUUGAGCAGUUCGACUAUGCAUAUGAAGAAUAUGAUACCUUCAUCUUUCCCAUGUCGAUUCAUCCACAAGUUAGUGGAAAGCCGCAUGUUAUCAAGAUGCAUGAACGCAUUAUCGAAUACAUCAACAAGCAUGAAGGUGUUGAGUGGAUGCCGUUGGGUGAUAUGGCGACAGAGUUCCUCGAAGGCCGGAUUGCAGGAGUCGAGAUCGAGGGAGGAGCGGACAAUUGA